AUGGAUAAAUCUUUGAAAGCAAACCAAUCAUCAAUAAACUCAAAUAAUAGCCAAGUAGAAAAACAUGCUGAAAAGUCUAAUGAAGGCUUUGAUCAUCAACAAGCACACAUUGAGGAAGAUGACAAUGAUUGCAAGGAUGCUAUUGAUAUCAAUGUGAAUAAUAAAGUUGUUGAGCCAAGUAUAGGAAUGAUGUUUAAUUCAAUUGAUGAAUUAUUAGAAUAUUAUAGAAAGUAUGGAAAUCAAUUGGGAUUUGAAGUAAGUAUAAGAAGUUCGACCAAGGGAGAUGAUGGAGAACUAAAAUAUGUUUCAAUGGCAUGCACUUGUAAUGGAAAGCAAACACACAAUAGUAGUAAUGCUUUGAAGUUGUAUCCAUCAACAAAGACAGAUUGUAAAGCUAAAAUUAGAGCAAAAAUAUGUAGUGUUGAAAUGGGAGGUCAUGACAAGAUUCCUUUUUUGGAGAAAGAUUGUAGAAGUUUAAUUGCAAAAUUAAGACGUCUACGACUUGGAGGAGGAGAUGUUGUUGCACCUCAAAAGUAUUUCAUGAAAAUGCAAAGUGAUAAUGAAAACUUCUUUUACAUGAUUAAUUUAGAUAAGAAGAUUCGAAUAAAAACUAUAUUUGGGGCAGAUGCAAGAAGUAAGGCUGCAUAUGAGGAGUUUGGUGAUGUUGUGAGUUUUGACAUUACUUACCUAACUAAUAAAUAUGACAUGCCAUUUUCUGCAUUUGUAGGGGUGAAUCAUCAUGGACAAUCCACAUUAUUAGGAAGCGCAUUACUAUCAAACGAAGAUACUGAGACAUUUAUUUGGCUAUUUGAGUCUGGCUUGCAUAAGAUUACAGAGAAACUAAAAGGUUAUACUCAGUAUAAGUCUAUUAAGUCUUCCUUAUCAAAAUUUGUUUAUGAGUCAUUGACAAAAAAUGAAUUUGAAGAUAAAUGGAUUGAAUUCAUUAAGCUUUAUGAACUGCAUGCUAAUGAGUGGCUAUUAGGUCUUUAUAAUGAGAGAAAAAAAUGGGUGCCAACUUUUGUGAAGGAUACUUUUUGGGCUGGAAUGUCUACAACACAAUGCAAUAAAAGCAUGAAUGCAUUCUUUGAUGGGUAUGUGAAUUCAAAAACUACUUUGAAGCAGUUUGUAGAACAAUAUGAGAAUGCUUUGCGAGAUAAGGUUGAAAAUAAAAAUCAUGAAAAUUUUAAUUCUUUCAACUCACGAAUAUCUUGUAUCACUAUGUAUGCAAUGGAGAAACAAUAUCUAGAUGCAAAUACAACUGCAAAGUUCAAAGAGAUUCGACAAGAGUUCAAGGGUAAACAUUAUUGUGAAAUAUCUUCGUAUAAAGAUAUCAACGAAACUACUUUUAAAUUUGUUGUAGAUGAAGAUGUUUUAUCUGGAGAGCAUAAUCGACGUGUAUCUUUCAUGGUUCUUAAUAUUCCUACAUUGAGAGACAAUAUUGUGCAGCCUCCACAUUGUGAACCUAUAAGCGCAAGUCUUAAUCAAGAAACAAACUUUAAGUGA